CCCCCUAUAAGUCACAAUACCCUAAGAGACUUUUUUUUGAUUGUCUGGAGUCAGCCACCCAGUUUCUUUUAAACUAUUCCCAAACCAAUGAAAAAUUUUCAAGGCCAAAACCCCUUCUAUUUAAUCUACAUUUUCAUUGGCAUUUUAAUAUUGUCUCGCAACACUCCUCUUAUUCAUUUACAUUAUAAAAAUUUAUUUUUGUUUUUUAAAAACAAAAAUCGAGCCAAUUUUUUUCCCUUUUUUAACGCCCUUUUGUCUGGUAUUUUUUAAAGAAAAAAUAAAAGAAAAGGAAAAUAAAGAGUUUUGUCAUUUUUCCGAUUUUAUCCAUUUUAAUGCCUUUCUCUGUUGGAGGGAUUUUUCUUGUUAGCAUGGUUACUUGGCAAAAUAAAAAAAAAUUUUCUGAGAUUUUUUUCUUUUUCUUUUACUUUUCUUCUAGUAGUUUUACCCUUUAUUUUUACUUGACCUUUUUUGUGGAAAGAAAUUUUUUUGACAAAUUUUUGGUAUUUUUUUCGUAUUUUUAAAAGCUUUUUUGGAGCCCAAUACGGCGCGCGGCCAUAACGGCGUA